GCCGACACGCCAUGCCCUCCUGACGGUGCACUGACUAUGACAAAUGAUUAGACUGAUGUUGUCUCAGAUCUGUCGAAGGCGUUCGAAUACUCAUAUGACGAGUUUAGCAUGUUGGAAAGCAGCUUUGCUCAAACAAAAACAUACUACAUUUCAUCAUCCUGCCUUUUUCUGUUUACCAAUAUCGUUACAGGCAAAUUGAGCAGACUCCAUUACAUCUGGCAAAAUGAGCGAUACCGACAAUAGAGGAGCUGAGGUGCAGGCUGUUGCAUCAACUAUUUUUGCAAUAGCUCUGACCUCCGUGGUGCUACGGUUUUAUGUUCGAUUCAGAGUCAUCAAAGCCCUCGGAAUCGAUGACUGGUUUAUGCUUCUUGCCAUGAUUUCUUUCACAUUACACACAUCGACAUGCCUUGCGGGUGUCACGCACGGCACUGGUCGACACUCCUUAAGCCUCAGCCUGGCUGAUAUGUCUGCUGCUAUGAUGUUCUGGUGGUAUUGCUAUCUAUCGUAUUGCACCACGAUGAUCUUUUCGAAGAGUAGCAUUGCCUGCUUUCUUCUCAGACUCACACCACUUAAGCCCCAACGUAUAACGAUCUACCUCGCCCUCGGAGUUUCAAUAUUCAUCAGUACCGCGUUCUUCUUCAUUGCAUUGUUCCAAUGCUGGCCGGUCUCGUUCUUCUGGACCCGCAUACCCGGAGCAGGAUCGUGUAUCUCUGUUGACGCAAUCAUCAUUAUCACGUACACUUAUAGUGUAUUCGCAAUCAUCACAGACUUUGCAUUUACCAUACUACCUAUAUGGCUCGUUAAAGACCUACAAGUGGACCGAAGAACAAAAUUCGCCUUGAUUCCUAUCCUAUGCAUGGCUGCUGUGGCGAGUUGUGCGGUUAUCGUGCGGCUUGGAUACGUAGAAAAUUUUCGCAAUCCUGACUUCCUAUGGUCCACCACGGACAUUGCGAUCUGGUCGCAGAUAGAGCAAGGCCUUGCUAUAACAGCUGGAAGUCUUCCAACCUUGAAACCGUUGUUUCGCAAAGUCCUGUCCAAACUUGGACACACCAGCGCAGGUUCUCGGGGUGAUGUAUCGGGCCGUCCAGCUGCCGGCUUCUCCAACAGCCAUAAGGAGCAGAGUGCGAAAAGCAAGGUGCCGUCUCACGGGCCUCAGAUCACACUGCAUAGCCUUGCCAGUAUUUCUACGUUGUCACGUAUGGGUGACGAAUAUUCUUGCUCAACGGAGAAGCUAGGGCCAUUGGAAUGUGAUCGUCAACUUCCUAGUAGCCAUAGCAAAAGCGACGAUAUGGUAUAAGUGUACAUCCACAGAAUUCAAUGAGAGAACUCAACCCCUAUAUAACAUAUACAAGUAAAACAUGAAUUUGCAAACAUUGUGCGAGCAGUGGCAACGUAUCGGCAGUUGUGGCUAAGCGGUUGUAGUGAGUUCUUGAAAGUCAGUGAUCGAAAACGAAGCG